CACACCGGAAAUUCAGCUGUUGUUGUUACACUGGAAGAAGAUGGCUGCUGCUCCGACUUUUUUUCAAUGAAGACACUGAAAUUUCCUUUACAUUUCUUUCUUGCGUUGGAGUUACAGUCAUCCGCUAUGCAACCUAAUAGGGUGUGAAUGAUUUCAUUAGGAAGGUGACAGUGUGGGGCUGAAAGGACAGCAUCGUCUACCGACCCUCGCCUUGCAACUGGCGGUGGACCACAAUGCAACAAGUUUUAGAAUAUGCAUUGGAUCGAGCCGAGUACAUUGUUGAAAGUGCUCGACAACGACCUGCCAAAAGAAGAAUUGUAUCUGGUGGCAGAAAAAGUUUGUAUCAGAAACUCUAUGAGCUGUACCUGGAGGAGUGUGAAAAAGAGCCUGAGUUAAAGAAUUUGAGAAGAAAUGUGAAUCUACUGGAGAAGUUGGUGUCCCAGGAGUCGGUACCCUGCCUGGUGGUCAACCUGUAUCCGGGCAAUGAAGGCUACUCCCUCAUGCUCCGCGGCAAGAAUGGAUCUGACUCCGAGACGAUCCGGCUGCCGUAUGAAGAGGCGGAGCUGCUGGAGUACCUGGACUCCGAGGAGCUGCCCCCCAUCCUGGUCGACCUGCUGGAGAAGUCCCAGGUGAACAUCUUCCACUGUGGCUGCGUGAUCGUCGAGGUGAGGGACUACCGACAGUCUGGCAGUGCCAAGAUGCCCUCCUACCAGAGCAGACACAUCCUGCUCAGACCCACUAUGCAGACUCUGAUCUGUGAUGUCCAUGCCAUGACCAGUGACCACCACAAAUGGACACAGGACGAUAAGCUCCAGCUGGAGAGCCAGCUGCUCCUGGCCACGGCGGAGCCCCUGUGCCUGGACCCGUCCAUCUCCGUCACCUGCACGGCCAACCGGCUGCUGUACAACAAGCAGAAGAUGAACACGCGCUCCAUGAAACGGUGUUUCAAGAGGCACUCGCGCGCGUCGCUCAACAGACAGCAGGAACUGUCUCACCUGCCGACCCCGCCCCAGCUGCGUCUCUAUGACUACCUGCAGCGGCGGAAGGAGAGGCGCCCGGCCCCCGCCAUCGACCUCAAGAUCUCCAAGACUGGAAACUGUGUGGACAUGUGGAAGCAGAACAGCUGCCAGCUGACUGUACCCAGGGAAAUAGAUGUGGAGAAGUACGCUGUGGUGGAGAGGUCCCUGCAGCUGGAGGACCCCCAGCCUGUGGUCAUCUGGCCCGCCGAGGAGGUGAUGGACGACUACACGUUUGAAUGUGAGGUGGGGGGCCAGGCCCAGAGGACCACGGUCUCCAUCUUCCAGUCGAUGGGAGACCCGCUGGUCUACGGCAAGAUCUACUGUGCCAAAGAACCAAAGACCGAGGACGACUCCUCGGACCUUAAGCUCAUCCACCCACCUUUCCUCAUAGGCUCAAAGAUUGAUGCAGACCGCUUCCUCACGCAGUACAAAGGAGUGUACGAGAAAGAUGUCAAGUGUGCGGUGAAGAUGUCCCAUAGCUCGGUCAGCUUGGCCCCUCCCUCUCCCAGCAAGGACACAGAGGGAGACGGCCUGUCUGCCAUGGUCCAGACGUCGGUCCUGGGUAAAGGGGUGAAGCAUCGGCCCCCUCCAAUCAAACUACCGUCAGGAACCAGCAGCAGCACCUCAGGUAACCUCUACAGCCCCCAGGCCACGAGCGGCCUCCUCAAGUGCCCCACGCCGCCUCCGGUCAAGAACCAGUCUCUCACCAGGAAGCACUCCCUGGAGCUGGGUCAGAUGGGCCUGCUGUCCCCCGCCGCCCUCUCCCCCAUGGCCUCCACCCAGAGGUCGGGCACCCCCUCCAAGCCCUCCACCCCCACCAACACCCCCUGCUCCACGCCCCACCCGCUGGACUCCCUGCUGUGCUCCCCCCUCUCCCUGGCCCCGGCGGGCCCGGACCACCCCCAGGGCCUGCUGCCCACCCAGGGCCCGGCCGCCCUGCUGGCCCCCUACGCCACGCAGCAGCAGCAGCAGCAGCAGCAGCAGCAGCAGCAGCAGCAGCAGCAGCUGGCCCUGAGCCAGUCGCUGCCCGUCAUGACCAUCCCCCUGCCCACCAUCGCCACGGGGACCACCGCCCCCCCCGUCAUGGCGGGCCCGGCCGGCCUCAACUUCAUCAACGUGGUGGGCUCCGUCUGCAGUCCACAGACACUAAUGACCGGCUCCAACCCCAUGCUGGGCCCCAGCCUUAACCUGAGCGGGCUCCUGCCGGCAGGGGGCCUGAUGCCCGCCAUGCAGUCCACCCAGACCGGGAGUCCCUUUGGUCUGAACAGCAACACUGGGUUAGGACCUCUCAACCUGCUGCAGAUCCCUACGGGUCCUCUGAUCUUUAACUCACUGCAGCAGCAGCAGCUGUCCCAGUUCUCUCCCCAGCAGAGCCAGUCGGCCACUUCCAGUCCCCAGCAGCAGGGGGAGCUGGGUGAACAGGAGCAGAGUUUGGCCAACCAACAAACGGCCGUUCUCAACCUGGGAGUAGGGGGCUUCAUGUCUCCACAGGGUGCAGUGCUGUCCCAGCUAGGCUGUGGGCGUGACAGGUCUAGCUCCCUGCUGGCUCCGCCCAGGCUUCAGCAGCAGCUCCAGCCUCGCAUCCAAUUGCAAUUCUUGCGGCACCAAAUGCAGCAGCGAACGGCUUCGGCGGUGGCGGCGGCGGCCCGCAGGGAGGAGCCGCCGCCGCAUACCGCCAACCUGCCAAGAAGUAAGAGGAAGAGGAGCACACCGCAAGCCAUGCCCAAGUGAUGAUGAUGCAAUCCCCUCCCCCUCCCUCCCGCUCCCUAUCCCCACCCCCAGCCCUGACAUCAUGAGGACGGACUGAUCCAAACCGCGGACCAACAGCCUCGCCGUGGAGACUGGAAGGCGGGGCAGAAAAAAAAUACGUUUUGCUAAAUUUGUAUGAAUUUAUUUCUGUUUUUUUUUUUUAUUUUGUAGCUAUUGAAAAAAAAAAGGAUUAUGUUUGGGAGAGACGGUCGUCGCACGGUGUUAAGGAACCCUUCCCCCCCGUGGUCAUGGAGGACGCUAAGGAUUUAGCUCUUGUUAUGACCGCGAGCGGAGGCACUUUGGGGGGGGGGUUGAGCUUCAGCUUCCCUUACAGAAGUGGCUCGACAGAACGGGGUGUCAAGCGUGCGUUUUUUCAGGGGGAUCCCGUCCUUCCUCAGUGUGGCCCCCGCCCUCCCAUCUCAGCUGCCCCCCCCCCCCCCCACCCCCCACCCCCAGGGCAGGAAACACCCCGAAGCACAGCCCCGCCACGGCCUCGUCGGGAAAGCUCAACCAACACUAAAGAAAACAAAAGCCGCCGAGACUCCGCUGCCAAAACGCACGGUCGAGCGAUCGCUCCUUCUGAUUGGUUCAAAGUGUGGCGCGCGUGUCCCGCUCAUGUAAUGGAAACGGCGCCGCUUUGAACCAAUCCGAAACAGCCACUGGGAUGACGUGUGCUUCAGCCCCUCUGGCAGUGGCCCCUGUGGGAUCGACUUGUAACCAGUCUUUCCCAUCCUAGUGGUGGUGGUGGGACGAGGUCCCCUUUUACCUCUGUAGGUCUACUCUGAGCACGCCUGGCACGGGGCUCUGGCGGGGACUGGGAUCCCAACAUGCAACACGGUGUCCCUGCUUUUGUACAGCACAUCCUGACGCCUUUCCUUUUAAACUAGCUCCAGAGCCAAGAGUGUAUUCUUACGAGAACGUGCGUGUGUGUGUGUGAGAGAGUGUGUGUGUGUUUGUGCGUGUCUGUGAGCGAGAGAGAUAUUUCUGAACACUGAGGAAUAAUUUUUUUAAACAGUCUUUGUCAGCAGUUUUAUUGUUAUGGAGAAAAAAAUGAAUAUAUAUUGACAGUUGAAAAAUACAAGUUUUAGAUACAAAAAAAAAAAAAAAGACUUUCUUUGUGAUUCUUUAUUUUCCCGACGUGACGCUUUG